AUGUCAAGUAGUCUGCAGCUCCCCAGUGAGGACAAUUUAGCAAGUGUCUGCAGCGAGCCUCUCCUAGACCACCCCCCUUCCUCCUAUCAGCAAUCUCCGAGGAGUAGGUCUGCAGGGCCUGGGGCUACCAGGAAUCAUGAGAAGAAGAACAAGUCAGACAAUAUUAUAUAUCCAUUGGAAGAACAGGCCAAUCAGUUGGAACAGCCGUCAGAUGCUUGGAUGCAAGAUGAGAAGGAGCGCUCAUCCUCUUUGACAGCUGACCUGAGCCGUAGUCACCCAGACCUCCGGACAAUCCCCCUCAUCCUAACUCCCCUGCCCGAUACACGCCCACGCACAGCUGCAUCCGUACUCAACACGAGGAGGAACAAGGUAGCACCUGCUGCCCCCGCUGGUACCUUUCACGAGCUGAGAAGUCUAUCACCGGCACCAGAUUUCUGGGUCACUGGAAGUGGCACAUCAGCUUCCCAAUCCCCAAGCCACACCUCUUUUACCACCCCCUCCUCGGCAAGAUGGAGAUGCAAUCGAGUGUACCCGUCCAUCAGUGCGACAGAGGUGACCUCUUCAGAUCUGAGAGCAGCUGCUGGAGAGAUUAGUGGAGAUGAUAGUGUGUUUGUGGAGGAGGCUACUGGGGAAGCAGUGAUGAGCAAACAGCUGUCUCCUCGUCAGUCACUAGGUGAUGGUGCUGACUCUCUUAUUCAAAAUGUUUUCUCCGUUCCAAAAGCCUCUUCCUCUGAUUCCGAUUCCAGCCACGUCCACGUUCCGUACAUCCCAUUCCACUGUGCACAGGAGGCUCUUACAGUGGUUGUCAACGAUAUGCAAUCGAUGAAGUCUCGACAUAUAGAGAUUGUGGAGCAGAUUCUGAAUGUUUACAACGACAUAGAGCAAGAAUCAAAGUCUCAAUACAGAGGGUUUGUACUGAGGUUGAAGGAACAACACAGCUCUAAAGUUGGGGCAUAUAAAGAAGUGGUGAAGGCUCUGCAAGAUGAGCUGAACAAUAUGAGCACUCAUUGGGAGGGUACUGUCAAGAGCAUCAGUCAUCGUAACCGAGAGUUACUAGAAGAGAACACGGUCCUGUACCAAAAGGUCAAAGAUGUGCUUGAGAAGACACAAGAAGAGAAGCUUUUGUACUAUAGAUCACCACCCUCCCCUGCAGUGAUGAUUAGGGCUCGGGAGACUAUGGUCCAGUUCCACCACAAGGCCAAGAAGAAACUGACCCUGUUGGAGGAGGACUCACAGACACACAUGUCCAGGGAGAGGGCCACCCAUUCGCAAGAACUGCAGACUCUAGAGAGAGAGUUGGAGCAGAGUAGAAGACAGCUGGCUGAGUUGACGACGAAUUGUGAUGUCACAGGAGCCUCUCUGACUGCUAACAAAGUUGCUCCUGUAAUGGCUGUGGUGGAGUCAUCUCCUGUUCCUGUUAAUGCUAAAACACAACACAUUGAAAGUUCUGCUCCAGAAGUUGCUCCAGUCGCUGCUACGAUAGAAAGAGAAGCAACGGAUCGCAAUGUUCGAUCUGCUCAAAGCCUGGAACUUCAAAGGCCAGCUGGUGAAGCCGUCCCAGCUGCUCAUAGUCUGAUAAAGAUCAGCUCAAGUUAUCUCUCAAUUAGUGAUGACCCUGGUCCAAUGCUGCCUCAUGAUGAUGGUGAACCUACAGACACUUCUGUAACAAUAGCGGAGGAAGAUAAGAACGAUUUUAUUGAAUUCGUGCACAAUACAACAGUUGCCAAGGGUACUCAGGAAGUAGGGUCAGAUGUUGAUGAUUUCACAGUUAAUAAGGAUACCUUAGAACCGAUUGAUCGAGAAGAACUGCCCGCAGAUGAUGAAUCACUUGAUGAUGAAGAGCUAACUGUAGCCCAAGUGGCAAUCCUUGCAGGCAUAGAGGAAUCUGUUGUUGCAGAGCCUCAGGACAACGCAGCUGUUACAGAGGAGGACGAACGAGCAGUUGUAGAGCAUGAAGAGAUGGAGACUGGCGAUCAACCAUUGCAAGACGAGGAUGAGCAACUCGCGGUUGUCACUAGCAACAGAGGUGGUGCUUCGACUGGUAAUACAAAGCCAGAGUCCCCUGCAGCUGUACAGGUGGUAAUGAUAUAUAUGUACGAUACACAACAGGUCCACACUGCAUUAAUUUUCAUGCAGAAUGGUGACCCUCGACUACAGCAAGAGUACAGGAAGUUGCAAAAGCAAGUUGCAGAGCUCAAGAAACAACAUCAGACAGACUUGACUCAGCUAAAGACGCUGGAAAAGGAGGCUGCUCACAGCGGGUACAAAGGAACAGUGGGCUCCACCAUUGAAGAUAAACGAGAACUUAAGAAGAAAGAGAAGGAGAUAAAAGAUGCUCAGAAGCAGUGUAACAUAGCUAAGAAUAAUCUUACUAAGAUCCAGUCCCAACUGACAUCAACAGAGACGGAGCUGUCUUCUCUUAAGAAGAACCAUGACCGAUUGUCUGAAGAGAUGAGGAACAAAGAGACUGAACUAGCGAAACUGUCUUCCGCAGCCAAAGAUGGGGCAGCUGCUAUAGAGAAGUUGGACGAGCUACAGGAGGUUACAAAGAAGCAGUCUGAAGAGAUACAAAAGCUAGUGACGAGCUUCAACAGUGAAAGAGUUCUGAGGAAGAAGUACCACAACAUGAUAGAGGACAUGAAAGGGAAGAUUCGCGUUUACUGUCGAGUGAGGCCACUCAGCUCCUCAGAGAGAGAGAGAAAAGACCGGUCGGUUAUUGACAGUCCUGAUGAAUACUCUGUGCAUGUGAGGACGACAAGAACGACUAAAGAAUAUCAGUUUGAUCAAGUCUUUACUGCCGAGCACUCACAAGAGAAAGUGUUUGAGGAUACCAAGAAUCUAAUUCAGUCGGCGGUGGACGGGUACAAUGUGUGCUUAUUUGCCUAUGGGCAGACUGGGAGUGGAAAAACGUACACCAUGAUCGGGGGCAAAGACUCCAAGGGAGUGCUCACCUCACCUGGUAUCGCCCCGAGGGCAUUCAACGAAAUCUAUCGAAUUCUGGAUGCCAAUAGUGAAAAGUUCUCCUUUAGCGUGGCUUGCUACAUGCUUGAGCUGUACAACGAUCGUCUCAUCGACCUCUUCAACCCCAGGGGAAAAGAACCUGCUAAGUUGGACAUUAAGAAAGACAAAAAGGGCAUGGUGGUGGUACAGGGGUCCAUUUCCCACCCAACAGACAGUUCCGAGCAACUCCUGGAACUAUUUGAGAAGGGCUCAAGGAAUCGUCACGUUUCCUCUACAAAGAUGAAUGCGGAGAGCUCCAGAUCCCAUUUGGUCAUCGGAGUCAUUAUUGAGUCAACUAACAAGACCAACGGCUCUGUCCAUAGAGGGAAGUUGAGUAUUGUGGAUCUGGCAGGGUCGGAGAGAGCCUCUAAAACUGGCGCCACUGCAGAACAGCUCAAGGAGGCCCAAUCAAUCAACAAAUCUCUAAGUGCCCUGGGCGAUGUUAUCAGUGCUCUAUCCUCCGGACAGGAAUUCAUACCGUACCGAAACAAUCGUCUCACGCUACUCAUGCAAGACUCCCUGGGGGGAAACGCAAAGACACUUAUGUUCGUAAACAUCAGUCCAGCUGACUACAAUGCAGACGAGACAGUCACCUCUCUCACGUACGCUGCCAGGGUGAAGCUUAUCAGUAAUGACGCAUCUAAGAACGCAGAGAAUAGAGAGAUCACGCGACUGAAGGGCAUCAUAGCCGCACUCAAGAAAGGAGAGGAGCUGGGAGAAGAUGAUCUAGAACUGUAAACUGAUACCGUUUUGUUUUUGAGUGAUUGUCUUAUAUAGAAAGUCAGUUGAUUAAAUCAAUUAUGGAGGCACGCAUGGUCAAAUUUGAUGGAAUAA